GACGGGGGCGGCGGGGGGAAUGUGUGGCGGUGGAGGGGAGAUCUAGGGCGUGCGGCGGAGGAUCGCGGCAAUGGCGGUGCCGCGGUGGGCGGUGUGGGCGCUGCUGCUGCUCAUCCCGGCGGCGCGGGUGGCCGCCAACAUGGAAGGUGAUGCAUUGCAUAGCUUGAGGACUAAUUUAGUUGAUCCUAAUAAUGUUCUACAAAGUUGGGACCCAACUCUGGUCAAUCCGUGCACUUGGUUUCAUGUUACUUGCAAUAACGACAACAGUGUUAUCAGAGUUGAUCUUGGAAAUGCUGCACUGUCAGGUACUUUGGUUCCACAACUUGGCCAACUAAAGAACUUGCAAUACCUGGAGCUCUACAGUAAUAACAUAAGUGGGAUGAUACCUAGUGAACUUGGGAACCUCACAAACUUGGUCAGUUUGGAUUUAUACUUGAACAACUUCACUGGUCCAAUACCAGAUUCACUUGGGAACCUAUUGAAGCUACGAUUCCUGCGUCUUAACAAUAACAGCCUUUCGGGUUCAAUUCCUAAAUCACUAACUGCUAUCACUGCCCUACAAGUUCUAGAUCUUUCAAACAACAAUUUGUCUGGAGAAGUUCCAUCAACUGGUUCCUUUUCAUUAUUCACCCCCAUCAGUUUUGCAAACAACCCUUCCUUGUGUGGUCCUGGUACCACAAAACCUUGCCCUGGUGCUCCUCCCUUUUCCCCACCGCCCCCAUAUAACCCUCCAACUCCUGUGCAAUCACCAGGGAGUUCAUCUAGUACUGGAGCAAUUGCUGGUGGAGUGGCUGCUGGAGCAGCCUUGCUAUUUGCUAUUCCUGCGAUUGGUUUUGCAUGGUGGCGGCGCAGGAAACCCCAAGAACAUUUCUUUGAUGUACCUGCUGAAGAGGAUCCAGAGGUCCAUCUUGGCCAGCUUAAAAGAUUUUCACUACGAGAACUACAAGUUGCAACAGAUACUUUCAGCAAUAAAAACAUUCUUGGAAGAGGUGGGUUUGGCAAGGUCUACAAAGGAAGACUGGCAGAUGGUUCUUUAGUAGCUGUCAAGAGACUAAAGGAGGAGAGAACACCUGGUGGGGAGCUACAGUUUCAAACAGAGGUUGAGAUGAUUAGUAUGGCUGUACAUAGAAAUCUGUUGCGUUUACGUGGGUUCUGUAUGACACCAACAGAAAGGUUGCUUGUGUAUCCAUACAUGGCUAAUGGAAGUGUUGCAUCACGUCUGAGAGAACGGCCUCCAUCUGAACCUCCACUUGAUUGGAAAACAAGAAGAAGGAUUGCAUUGGGUUCUGCUAGGGGACUGUCCUAUUUACAUGAUCAUUGUGACCCAAAGAUUAUCCAUCGUGAUGUCAAAGCUGCAAAUAUUUUAUUAGAUGAAGACUUUGAAGCUGUGGUAGGGGAUUUUGGUUUGGCCAAACUAAUGGAUUACAAGGAUACCCAUGUGACAACUGCAGUACGUGGAACAAUUGGGCAUAUCGCACCAGAAUAUCUUUCAACAGGAAAAUCUUCUGAGAAAACUGAUGUAUUUGGUUAUGGGAUCAUGCUUUUGGAGCUUAUUACAGGACAACGUGCCUUUGAUCUUGCACGUCUAGCCAAUGACGACGACGUCAUGCUAUUGGACUGGGUAAAAGGAUUACUCAAGGAGAAAAGGCUGGAGAUGUUGGUUGACCCAGAUCUACAGAACAACUACAUUGAUGUUGAAGUGGAAUCACUAAUCCAAGUCGCGCUUCUUUGCACACAAGGCUCCCCUGGUGACCGCCCCAAGAUGGCGGAGGUGGUGAGGAUGCUUGAAGGUGAUGGCCUUGCCGAAAGAUGGGAGGAGUGGCAAAAGGUAGAAGUAGUACGGCAGGAGGUAGAGCUUGGCCCGCACCGGAACUCAGAGUGGAUUAUCGACUCAACUGACAACCUUCAUGCAGUUGAGCUAUCAGGACCGAGGUGAUGACGGCACACCGGUAUCUUGCUGCUAAUUCUUGUACGUCAGAAGAAUGAUGUCAAUCAUCCUAGUCAAAUCCCCAUUUGUUCAUACCAACCAAUGGGCCCAAAUUUAGUCAGCUACAAGUAUGUUUUGAUGUAUAUUGCUUGAUUGGCUCCUUGAUGUGCUGCCAUGGAUAUCGGUGCCCCGAAAACAGCAGAGCCCAAGGAAAUAUAGUACCCUGAGCGGCUGCUGCAGGCUUGCAACAAGAUCCCAGUAUGUUCAACCUGACAAGGUAGCAGGUAGGAGUGAGUUGCUGCGGCUGUUUGCUGAACCUUUGUUAAUUGUACUGACUGGUGACAUCUAACUAUUUUGUACCAAAUGUAAGGAAGAAUCCUGGUAUCAGUACUUUGUCUCCUCUCGGAAAGGUUCAGAACCUUCGUAUGAUGCAGUUGCCCUCACUGUUGUACUCUAUUUGGACAUUUGAUAACGAUUGUGUUUACUGUAAAUGAUACCUAGUUCUCAAUCAAAUGUACCUUCUGCCCAGGGAUGAAAUAUUGGGUAGAAACUAGAAAUUGCUUUUUU